UCUCUCUCUACUCUCCUCCUCCGCCAGUGUUCUUCUCUCUUCUCGCACGAAUUCCAUCGAGCUCGAUCGUGCUCCAUAGCGUCUCAUUACGCGGCUUUGAUGAGAGCUCCCGCAAAAUCCCUCAUUGAGGGGAAUCCUUAGCCUACCGCUCGGGCCUCAGGAAGUGUCUUGAAUGUGAUCCUUCUAGGUGAAGUCAUUAGACAAAACGUUAGGGUGUGAAGGCUUGUAUCCCCUUUGCAGUCAAUGAGCAAUAUAUGUCGAUUAUUGUCCUUUGUGCUUGAGUUUUAUUGGGAGUGUUUCACACCAAUUCUCCAACCUACAUCAUCUGACUGACCAAUUUUUCUAUUUUAGCCUGUCCGCUAUGAUGACUGUGAGAACUUUCUCUUUUGCAUGAGAUGGAUGACGGCCUUCGACACAUGUCUGCCAAUACAUAUUUGUUUGCGGACUUGUAGCUAACUUUACGUAUGCUGGAAAAUAGGUACAGAGUUGUGGAUUCUUCUUAUAAAAAUGGGGGUUGCAAACUCAAAGAUCGAAGAAGACAAGGCCCUUGUGCUAUGCAGAGAAAGGAGGCGGCUUGUUAGACAAGCUCUUGAUGAAAGAUGCUCGCUUGCAGCUGCUCAUGUUUCUUAUGUUCAGUCCCUUAGAAAUACUGGAAUCGCACUUAGACAAUUUGUAGACCCUGGAUCCCCUGUUAAAUCUUCCUUGUAUACAUCAACAUCUGCAACACCCGAGCCUCUUGCUCCAACUGAUAAGCCUGUAUCGCAGUUCUCAAACUCAUCUCCAUCUCUUUCACAGCAUAUGGAGACAGCUGAAUCAUUUUCUCCAGUUCCUUCUCUCCUCUCAUCUGGACAUCUUCAUGUGAAUCACAUGAAAGCCAGAACAACUUCUUACAUGACAGUCAAAGAGAAACCUCCAACUUCAGUAACGAUGACCCUACAAACCUCACCCGCCACUCCAAAGCACCUUGCAUCACAAUCAGAUGAAAUUUCAUCCUUUGAAGAUUCCCCCACACCUACCGGGAUGCAGCCAUGGGAUUAUUUUGGUGUUCCUCAUCCUAUUGACAAUCAGCUUUCAUUUCAAGAUGGGAAAGGGUUAAACUAUGGUUUUGAUAAUGCCGAUGAAACUAGACAUCUCAGCGAAGAGGAGGGCAUACCAGAUUUGGAAGAAGAAGAAGAAGGGGACAUAGCACAUGGGAAAAAUGACUUGGACUCGGAAGAUGAUUUUGACCAACCUUCCAAUGAACCAUUGGUUCGAAUAUUCAAGAACCGAAAUUUGGUUUCAGAACAUCAAUCAAAGAGUGACAAUUCAACCAUCCAAUCUAUGGUAGAUAUUGUUUCUGCAACAAAGCACCAGAAUGGGGAUGAUAUGAAGCUUAAAAAUGGUAUCUAUGAAAAUGAUAGAACUCCUGAAAAGACACCAACAAAAGUGGCAUCCGUCAAAGUUGCAUUUUCUAUAAAUGGAAAGGCUGAAGAAUCUAAUCCAGAAACUAAUCACAAGGCGAGGGAUUUCUUGUCGUGUAUGAAUGAAAUUGAAGACCUAUACUUGAAAGCUUCUGAAUCUGGAAGAGAAGUCCCAAGGAUGCUGGAGGCAAACAAAGUGCAAUUCCGGCCUUUAUUUCCUGAAGGAAAUGCUCACAGAUCAAAAGCGUCUGCAUUUUUGACAGCCUGUCUUGCUUGUUGUAAAGCAGAAACACCUCACCAUCAGGUUUCUGCUACAAAUGAAGUGAAGUACUUAACAUGGCAUAGGUCGGUGUCAUUGCUCUCCUCAUCAUCUGAGAAUUUUCUUGGUUCAAUGACAAAAGAUGAUACACAGGAACCCAAUGGUAAUCUCUUCAAUGGUACUUACAUGAAUUCAGGUAGCCAUGCCUCAACAUUAGAUAGGCUAUAUGCAUGGGAAAGAAAGCUUUAUGAUGAAGUUAAGGCAAGUGGUAUAAUCCGGAGGGAGUAUGACAUGAAGUGUAGACUGCUGAGGCAGAAAGAAUCUACAAAAGUAAAACCAGAAAACAUUGAUAAAAUCCGUGCGGUUGUCAAGGAUCUCCAUUCUAGAAUCCGUGUUGCAAUCCAGAGAAUUGAUUCUAUAUCAAAGAAAAUAGAGGAGAUAAGGGACAAGGAGCUUGAACCACAACUGGAAGAGUUGAUUGGAGGCCUAACAAGAAUGUGGAGAACAAUGCUUGACCACCACAGCCGUCAGUACAGCAUUAUCUCGUUGGCUUUCAACAACGGCAGCAACAAACUGUCAAUUCAGUCUGAAUUGGAGUGUCGGGCCACAGUCCUUGAGUUUGAGCUGAAUUCUCUGGGUUCAAAUUUCACAGAAUGGGUAUCAGCACACAAAUCCUAUCUCCAAGCCAUCAAUGAGUGGCUUCGUAAAGGCUUAGUAUUAUCACAAAAACGGAACAAGUCAUUUAGGAGAAGGCCUCCAGAAUUUUGUCCAAAAAGAGACAUGGCUCCUCCCAUCUUUGUUACUUGCGAAGAUUGGUUACUGCUGCUGAAUAGUCUGCCUACCAAGGAAGUGGAAUCUGCUAUAAAGGAUCUAGUAACUGUGACAACCCAUUACUUGCCUUGCCAAGAGAAGAAGGGCUAUGGGACUUCAAAGUUAUCAUUCUCAUUACCACAAAAUGCAGAGCAGGGUGAUAAACUAGGAGAACAUGUUCUCACAAAUGAUACGCAUGCCAAUGGUAGUCUCGAUUAUGGCAACCUGAAAUCAGUUCUCGUGGAGUUCCUAGAUAAGCUGAAGUCUUUUGCGAAGUCAUCGGUUUCAGGGUAUGAAGCUCUCCAGAAGUCGAUCGAUGAGUUUCGAGUUUCUUACGAGAGAACUGUGCUUCGAACAUGAAUUCUGCCAUUUUCCAACGUCUUUGGGGCAGGGUAAAAACAAGUAAAACCAAGGUGGACCAGAGAAUUGCAUGGUAAUUAAUCUUUGCUGAAUAACUGGUGGUAUGAAGCCCUUGAAGUAUAUUUGGGAGGGUCCUUGGCUGACUGCUUCCUUUGUACAUCUAUUUUGCAGAAUAAAAAGGCUCUUGAUGAUGUUGAUGUAAGUAGGGAUGCUAGUAGAUGAUUCGAGUGCAAUAUAAUCUAGAUUAGCCAGGCAUAGGAAAUGGAAGAGGUUAUUAGUAUAGUGAGUGGCCAGUGAUAUCUGCAAAUAUUCGUCUUAUCUUCAAAAAAAAAAACUCAAUGCUGCUUAUUGGACAUCCA